UUGGAGAAAAUGUUAAUCUCUAGUGCAUUUUUCAUUCUGUUAAUUGCUACGGCAGCUAAUGGAGCUGAAAUUUUCUAUAAUUGGAGAGUGGCACUUGAUACAACUAUUAAUCCUGUAUUAUCAGUACAACCGGUUAUUACCAUUAAUGGGAUGUUUCCCGGACCUCUGAUUAACGGUAGCACAAAUGAUAAUAUUCAUGUUAAUGUGUUUAAUAAUAUGGAUGAGCCUCUUCUAUUUACAUGGAAUGGGAUCCAACAAAGGCUAAACUCAUGGCAAGAUGGAGUUUCAGGAACAAACUGUCCAAUAAUGCCUUACCAAAACUGGACUUAUGUGUUUCAGCUAAAGGACCAAAUUGGCAGUUUCUUUUACUUCCCUUCUCUCCAUUUCCAGAAAGCUGCAGGAGGGUUCGGUCCGAUUCGAAUUAAUAAUCGUAUCGUCAUCAAUGUCCCCUUCGCUAAACCGGAAUCGGAGUUUGAUCUCCUUAUUGGUGAUUGGUAUGAUCAAAGUUACAAGGAAAUUAGGUAUAUGAUGAAGAUGAACUCUACCUAUAACAUUCAUCCUGCUAAGCUGCUAAUGAAUGGCAAAGGCUCAUAUUUGGAUCCUUCUGUCAAAUUCUAUGAAUCAUUCACUGUUACACAAGGGAAGACAUACAGGUUUAGAAUAUCCAAUGUAGGAAAUGUAUGGAGUUACAAUUUCAGAAUAAAAGAUCAUAAAAUGUUAUUGGUUGAAAGUGAAGGAUCAUACACAAGUCAGAUCACAUUGGACUCUCUAGAUGUGCAUAUUGGCCAAUCUUAUUCUGUUCUCGUCACAGCAGAUCAAAAUGCAGCAGAUUAUUAUAUUGUAGCAACUCCUAAAUUGGUUAAUUCAACUCAAAUUGACAAUUUUGCUGCUGUUGGGGUUCUUCAUUAUGAUAAUUCUUCUGUAAAUGCUGCUGGGCCUCUCCCUGAUGGGCCUGAUCCAUUUGAUCUUCAAUUCUCCCUUAAUCAGGCCCGGUCCAUCAGGUGGAACUUAACAACCGGAGCUGCUAGGCCUAAUCCACAAGGAACUUUCAAUGUUACAAAUGUGACAAUAUCACAAACAUUUAUGCUACAAGCAACUCAAUCUGAUAUUAGUGGCCAACAAUUUCAUACAAUCAACGAUGUCUCUUAUGUUACACCAGAAACUCCAUUGAAGUUGGCUGAUUAUAAGUCGGAUUCGUCCGAUGUUUUUCAACUCGACGAGUACUCGACUAAUUCUUCAAAUGGUAGCCCUAAGCUUGGUGUUUUUGUUGCGAGUGGAACUCAUAAAGGGUGGAUUGAAAUUGUGCUGAAGAAUAGUUUGCAAGUUAUGGAUUCUUGGCAUUUGGAUGGGUUCAGCUUUUACGUCGUUGGUUUCGGCGACGGAGAGUGGUGUCCGAAUUCACGUACUACUUACAAUCUUUACGAUCCUGUGGUGCGAUCGACAGUUCAGGUAUAUCCAAAAGGAUGGACUACUGUUUAUGCAUAUCUUGACAAUCCUGGAAUGUGGAAUUUAAGGUCACAAAAUUUGAAAAAUUGGUAUUUAGGGCAACAACUUUACUUGAGAGUUUAUGAUGCUGACCCUAAUCCUGCUAAAGAGAGACCUCCUCCAAAUAAUCUUCUUCUUUGUGGAAAAUACCAUAAUUUAGCCCCUCCCCCUCCACCUGCUGCUGUACCUGUACCUGUACCUUUUGCCCCUCCACCUCGUUCUGCUUCUCAAGCAACAUCUAAACAAAUAGCAUGGGUUCAAAACAUGGGUUUCUUCAUUUUUGCACUACUCUUCAUCGGCAUCUGAAGAUUUAAUCCAUCAAUGGAUGAUUAGAUAAUUAACUUAGAUUGCUAAUGUGAAUGAUAUUUUUUUAGAGGGAUUUUGUUUUUAAUUUUUAAUUUUAAUUUAAUUUAGGAGGACAAAAUCGAUUCUAAAACUCUCAUAUGGAAUUGCAAUAUGUUAUCUAGUUAUGCAUGUGAGGGCGUAAGUAUUUUUUUU